GUUGCGAUUCGGACACCGACCGACGAGUGUAAAGUUCGUGUCGCGGAGUUUCACCCUUCCUCCGUGUCAGACGUGUCAGUAAGUAGUAGUGGGUGCCGCGUCGCCUAGCUAGAUAGUUUGCAAUUUUAUUUGCAACAAAAAGGAAAACCCUGUCCUCGCUGCUGUGAUUUGCACUGAUGCGUGAAUAUCAUCGCCGGUGAAGUGUUGAGCUUCGUCGGACGAUCGGACUGCGGUGAGCUAGCCAGCUAGCUAGCUAGAUUGAUAACGGACGGGGGCACAGAAGACGUGUACAGAGAGUGUUGUUCGAUGACGACGACGAGCCUACUGGAGCUGGAGGCGGUGGUGACCAACGCGAAUCAGUGCUCGUAAGAGGUGCCAACCAGCAGGGAAUAGAUGUCACAUGUGGUGCACAGAUGAGCUCAAAGCUCGAGUUAAUUUUGUUACGGAGGAAAAGUGACCUGUGAUGGAAAUUGGUUGUUUGUUUUCAUAGUUGAAUAAGAAGAAUAUCGAAGUUUUGUGAUUUAUCUCAUUGGAAGCAUUACGUAACAGGAUCUGUGUCAGUGAACCAAGAUGUCGCUAUACAAUCGAUACAGUAGUAGCUUUGGUUCACAGUAUGAGCCCGGUGGGUAUGCGAUCCAGGUACAGCAACGCUCCAACAUGACGCAACGCGAGGGCAUCUACAAGUUCGAGAAUGAGCGGAUCAAAACGCUACAGGAGGAACGGUUGCACAUCCAGAAGAAAACGUUCACGAAAUGGAUGAACUCGUUCCUAGUCAAGGCCAAAAUGGAGGUCGACGACCUGUUCACCGAUCUGGCUGACGGAAUCAAACUGCUGAAGCUGCUCGAGAUAAUUUCGGGCGAAAAGCUCGGCAAGCCGAACAACGGCCGGAUGCGGGUCCACAAGAUCGAGAACGUGAACAAGAGUUUGGCUUUCCUGCACACCAAGGUUCGCCUCGAGUCGAUCGGAGCGGAAGAUAUCGUCGAUCACAACCCACGACUCAUCCUCGGGCUCAUCUGGACGAUCAUCCUACGGUUUCAGAUUCAGGAAAUCGAAAUCGAUGUGGAUGAAGAGAACGAAUCGUCGGAGAAGAAAUCCGCCAAAGACGCCCUGCUGCUGUGGUGCCAACGCAAAACCCAGGGCUACCAGAAUGUGCACAUUACCGACUUCACCAACUCGUGGCGAUCCGGACUGGGUUUCAACGCGCUCAUUCACUCGCAUCGACCGGACCUGUUCGACUAUAACAGUCUGCUUCCCGGGCGGAACAUCGAGAACCUUAACCAUGCCUUCGAAGUGGCCGACCGAGAGCUCGGAAUCCCCAAGCUACUGGACGCCGAAGAUAUCGAUACGACCCGACCGGAUGAGAAAUCGAUCCUAACCUACGUUGCGAGCUACUACCACACCUUUGCUCGGAUGAAGAACGAACAGAAGGGUGGCAAACGGAUUGCGAAUAUCGUCAACAAACUGAUGGACGCCGAUAAGAAGAAGGUACAGUUCGAAAACCUAAUCACCGACCUGCUGAGCUGGAUCCGGACCAAGACGGUCGCGCUGGAGAAGCGAAAUUUUCCCAAUUCGGUCGAGGGCAUCCAGCGAGAGCUGCUGGCCUUCAAAGAGUACCGUACCGUUGAGAAACCACCCAAGUACAAGGAACGAUCGGAGAUCGAGGCGUUAUACUUCCACGUGAACACGCUGCUGAAAUCGUUAAACCAGCCCCACUAUACACCCCAGGAAGGCAAGAUGAUCAACGACAUCGAGAAGGCGUGGCGGGCACUGGAAAAUGCCGAGCACAAUCGGGAGGUGGCACUGCGAGAUGAAUUGCUGCGCCAGGAGAAGCUGGAACAGUUGAACUAUAAAUUUGAAAAGAAGUCAGUAUUACGCGAAGGUUAUCUGAACGAAAUGAUUCAGGUGUUGUCGGAUCCGAGGUACGGAGCAAAUCUGCGCCAGGUGGAUGCAACAGUGAAAAAACACGAGGCCAUCUCGGCCGAUAUUUUGGCGCGUUCGGAUCGAUUCAAUGACCUGACGGACAUGUGCAAUGAACUACACAACGAAAACUAUCACGGUAAAGAAGGAGUUAAAAAUCGAGAAACGGAAGUAAUCACAAAAUGGAAAGAAUUGCUAGAAUUACUGGAGAAUCAUAAGAGCAAAUUGUCGCAGUUAAGUGGUCUACUGAACUUGCUGCGGGAGAUUGACGCGACGAUGGGAACGAUUAAGGCAUUGAAGGUUCAAUUUGCAUCCGAGGAUGUGGGACCGCAUCUAUUGGGAGUUGAAGAAUUGCUUCAGGCACACUCGCUACUGGAACUACAAGUCACCACUUUGGGUGAAACCCAGCGCAGGUAUAUACGACAGGGUGAAGCAUUCAAGAAAUCGGGAUCAAAAGAUACAAGCCAGAUUGAUCAAAAACUGGCAGAGCUAGCUCAAUCCUACCAGGAACUACAGGGAUGUAGCGCAGAACGAAGAGCACGUCUAGACGAGGCUCGAGACUUUUACCAAUUCGUGGAGGAUCACGAAAACGAGGAAGGAUGGUUGGUAGAUAAACAACGCAUCUGCAAGGCCGCGAUCACUGCAAAAGAUCUGCGAGCGGUUGUAUCGCUACAACAAAAACAUAAAGCCCUAGAAGACGAAAUGAAGGUUCGCAAACCGAAGACAAUACAAAUAAAGGAAGCUGGCCGAAAGCUGAUUACAGACAAACACCCCAGACGAAGCGAUGUUCAAUCCAAGAUCGAUUCGCUUCGAGAACACUGGAAAGCCCUGGAAGAUCUGGUCGAUGUACGAAAAAGGCAGCUGGACGAUGCUGCAGAAGCGUACCAGUUUUAUGCUGACGCCAACGAAGCUGAUUCGUGGUUGAACGAAAAGAUGGCUCUAGUUGCCUCGGACGACUUUGGAGUUGACGAACCUUCAGCUCAGGCUCUUCUUCAGCGCCAUCGUGAUCUACAGGGUGAACUGAACGCCUACUCCGGAGAUAUAUUGAACCUUAAUCAACAAGCUGAUAAGCUAAUAAAAGCAGGUAUCUGCACGCUGGACUUAUCAGCGGAACCAGAACCAGCUCAGGAAGUAGAGCAGGAAGAAUGGGUCAACGAAACUCGCCUUGUUCCGAAAGAAGUUUGGGAGGAAGAACCGGUUGAACGUCUGGAACAUAAGACCGUUACAGAGAAUAAGUUGCUACCGCAUGUACGUGCUCUUUAUCCAUUCGACGGGCAGGGAAUGAAGAUGGCCAAAGGAGAGUUCAUGAUUUUACAGAAUAAGACAAAUCCCGAUUGGUGGAACGUACGCAAAUUAGAUGGUUCGGAAGGAUUCGUGCCAGCUAACUACGUAAAAGAGAUCGAGGCACGUCCGGUACCUUGCCUGAUCCGCAAAGCGGAAAAAGUGAAGGCCAUGCAGAAGGUGAAGAAAACCAUUCUGGUCAAACAGGUCGUUCCGGUGAAACGAGUUCGCCCAGCAAAGAUUAGUCAGGUCAAACCAUUGGUGAAACGUCGAACGGACGGGGAUGAUACGAUCGAUAGCAACGAUAGUGUAGACAAACGUCAGAAGCACAUCAACAGCACGUACGAUCAGCUUCAAGAACUGGCCGAAAGAAGACGAGCACUGUUGGAAGAUUCCAUCUGUCUAUUCCGCUUCUACAGAGAAUGUGACGAUUUCGAAAAAUGGAUCAAAGAUAAGGAGAAGAUGCUCCGGACGGACGAUCCCAAGGACAAUGUUGAAUCAGCCAAGAGGAAGUUCGAGACUUUCCUUACAGACUUGUCGGCUUCUUCCAAACGCGUCGAAGCUAUUGAUUCUGAUGUGGAAGACUUUGUUCGCCAAGGCCACUCCCAGCUGGACAAGGUUAAGGCACGCCAGCGCCAAAUUCAUCAGAUGUGGGAACAUCUGAACUAUCUGAAGGGACAGAAGGAAAAGAACUUGGAGGGAGCCUCCAGCGUGGAAUUGUUCAAUCGCACUUGCGAAGAAGCCAUCGAUUGGAUGAACGAGAAAAUGACUCAACUGGACACGGCCGAAGUAGGGCCCGAUCUGAAAACAGUUCAAGCUCUGCAAAGACGCCACGAAAACCUGGAAAGAGAACUUGCUCCCGUUCAGGAGAAGGUCAGCAGAGUUAAUCUUCUCGGGAAUACGGUGAAGAAUUCGUAUCCCUCUGAGCGGGAUAACGUCACAGAAAAACAAAAAGACAUUCAAGGGCUUUGGAGAAAGGUCCAGGAAAAGGCAAAAGAACGUCGCUCUCGGCUGGAGAAUGCCGUAGGUCAGCAGAUAUUCACCAACAGUACGAAGGCCUUACUAGCUUGGAUCGAAGGUGUUCAUAAUCAGUUGAACGCAGAAGAGACUGCCCGGGACGUUGAGACAGCUGAGAAUCUGCUCAAACAGCAUAACGAUCUUGCAGAAGAAAUCAAAGCACACGACGAUGAGUUCCAGCAGCUAGCUAAACUCGGAAAUCAGCUUCAACAACGCAAUCCUAGCCUCGUUGAAGUUCCAGAAAUGAUCAAGAAACUGGCGACCGAACAGGAAGCUGUUCACGUAGGUUGGCAGGUCAAGGAAAAGAAACUACAGCAGUGCAUUGAGCUGCAGAUAUUCAACCGGGAAGCGGACAAAAUCGACGCAACCACUAAAAGCCAUGAGGCGUAUCUUGAGUACGGCGAUCUGGGCGAUUCGUUGGACGACGUCGAAGCUAUUCUAAAACGACACACCGAUUUCGAGAACUCUCUCGGUGCUCAGGAUAAAAUUUUGAAAAAUUUCUCCGAUGGUGCCGAUAAGCUGAUCCGAAACAAUCAUUACGACUCAAAGUACAUCGCUGAGCGGCGUGAUCAAGUUCUUGCCCGUAGGGAAAAGGUCAAGAAUCUCGCACAGAAGCGUCGCAAUGCACUGCAAGCAUCCAAGGACUUUCAGAAGUUCUGUGCUGACGUGGAUGAUUUGAGCGUUUGGCUGGCGGAUAAAUUCAGGAUUGCUGGCGAUGAGAGUUAUAAGGAUUUGACGAAUCUUCCGAGAAAACUACAGAAACACCGGGCUUUCGAGCGAGAACUACGUGCUAACGAAGGGCAGCUGCGAACAGUAAACAAAGAAGGUGAAGCAUUGAUCAAGACAAACAACCGAGCCGACGAAGUAUCGCAAAUGCUGGCGGCGGUAAAUCAAAAGUGGAAGGAAUUAAAUUCGUCAUCUCUGGAGAAGGGAAGACGUCUGGAGCAGGCUUCCUUACAACGGGAACACAAUCGGAACAUCGAGGAUGCCAAGAGUAAGCUUGAGGAGUUGGAUGCUACCUUGCAAAGUAAACAAGUCGGCAAUGAUCUACGCAGCUGUAAGGAUUUGAUGAAUAAGCACCAAAAUCUGGAGGACGACAUCAGCAUGUGGGAACAGAAGGUCGCUGAACUGGUCACCUCUGGGGAGGAGAUGGCCCAUGAAGGACAUUUCGACGCGAAUAACAUCAAGAACGAAACUAAAAAGCUCCAGAAUCAGUUUGCAAACUUGAAAGGGCCGGCAGCUAAGCGACGUGAAGCGCUGGAGGAAAGUCUACGCUUUCACAAGUUUGUAUUCGAGCUUGAUGCUGAGCUACAGUGGAUCAAUGAACACUUACCAGCCGCCAGCUCGGAAGUCAUUGGACAAAACCUACAUCAAGCUCAAAGCCUGUACAAGAAACACAAAAAGCUGGAGGCAGAAAUCGAGGGCCACCAGCCGAUGAUUAAUAAGACACUUACUUCAGCGGAGAACUUGAUCAAUCAACAUCAUCCGGAAACGGCAAAGGUCAAGGAACUUUGUCACACAUUAGAACUGGCUUGGGCCGACCUGCAGGGCAAAGCCACCGAACGUUCGAAGAAGCUAGAGCUAUCACUCAAAUCUCAGCAAUACCUUUCCGAAGCUGGAGAGAUAGAAACCUGGCUGGGUGAACGUAACAACGUCCUACGUUCGACAGACUACGGUCGCGAUCGUGACUCCGCAACCAAAUUGCUUACCAAACAUAAGACGAUCGAACUGGAAUUGGACACCUACUCCGGUAUUGUAUCGGAAAUGGGUCAUGCUGCUUCGGCUAUGGUAGCUUCCAAGCACCCGGAUAGCAAGACGAUUGCCGCCAAGCAGCAGCUGAUCGAGAAGAUGUUGAAAUCCCUGCAGAAACUGGCCGCCCAGCGUCAGCUACGCCUGAUGGAGAGUCUGUAUCGCCACGAAUACUUUAUGGAAUCUGCCGAUCUGGAGCAGUGGAUCAAGGAGCAGGAACAGGCCGUCAACUCGGAGGACUAUGGCCAUGAUUAUGAGCAUUUAUUGAUCUUGAAAAAUAAAUUUGACGACCUGAAACAUCGCAUCGAAGUCGGUGCUGAGCGUUUCAACCAGUGCGAGGAGUUUGCCAAGAAGCUCAUCAGCAGUGACAGUCCAUACGUCGCGGACAUCGAAAAGCGACAAGAACAGUUGAGAGGAAGGCAACCCGCUUACACCGAGGCCCAACUGGAUGUCGUUGAACACCAUGAUCAAAUUCGCAACUGUUGGCAGAACCUGCUGAAGCAACUGGCAGCACGCGAGAAGAAACUUCACGCAGCCGGUGAAAUCCAUCGCUUCCAUCGGGAUGCCGCGGAGGCACUCUUCCGUAUUCAGGACAAAAACGCCAUGCUCUCCACCGAACUGGGCAAGGAUUUGAACUCUGCAUUGGCCCUAGCCCGAAAGCAUGAAGCUUUCGAGAACGAGCUGGUCGCCCUGGAAGCACAGCUACAGUUCCUGGUCGAUGAUUCGCUCCGACUGCAGGCCAAGUAUCCUGGUGACAAUGCCAAUGCGAUUGAGGCCGAGCAGGAAAACGUCAUCCAGGCGUGGAAUGUGUUGAAGGAAAAGUCGGCGCUAAGGAACGACCAGCUGCAGGCCAGUUGCGAUUUGCAGCAUUUCCUCACCCAGGUCCGGGAUCUGAUGUCGUGGGCGACCAAUUUGCGUGCGACAUUGCAAGCAGAAGAACACGUCAGUGAUGCUACCGGUGCGACGGCACUGAAGAUCCAGCACGAUGCUAUCUACGGGGAGAUUGAGGCCAGAGAGGAAACGUUCCGGUAUCUGAACGAGUUGAGCGAUUCGAUGGUGCAGACGGGACACUAUGCUGCAACGGAGGUCGAGGAGAAGUGUUCGGCUUUGUUGGAUGAACGGGCAAAACUUCACUCGGCUUACAACAAGAAGAAGAUUCUGCUGGAGCAGAAAAUUGAUUUGUUCUGCUUCAUGCGGGAUGCGAAGGUGAUUGAUAAUUUGAGCAGUGGACAGGAAGCAGCGCUGUCCAGUUCAGACUUUGGUCAAACGGUAGAAGUGGUACAAAAUCAGGUCAAGAAGCACGAUGCGUUCGAAAAGUUGAUUCAAACACAAGAUGAGAAGGUGGCAAUUUUGCAAGAUCAUGGAAGGAAAUUGGUCGAGCAGAAUCAUUACGAUAGUGAGAACAUUAGAAGACGGUUGAGGGAAAUUAUCGAGAGAAGACAGAAGAUCAAGGAGCUGUGCGCGCUAAGACGACAAAAGCUUCAAAAUGCACUGCUGUAUGCUCAGUUUAUAAGGGAUUGUGCCGAAGCUGGAGCGUGGAUCAAUGAAAAGCAGAAGAAACUGGAGGCGGAUGCUAGCAGUUUUGCCGACGUAACGAAUAUGGAGGAUAAGAUUAAAAAGUUGCAGAAGCAUCAAGCGUUCCAAGCAGAAGUGGCUGCAAACGAAGGUCGUAUUAGAGAAGUCAAACAGAAGGGUGAGACUUUGAUAGCGAAGCGUCACCAAUGUGCUCCGGAAAUUGAGGAAGAGGUUCGUAAGUUGAGUGAAUCGUGGAAGGUUCUAUUGAAGGAGGUUCUAUCUCGCGGUAGGGGUCUCGAGGAAGCUCAAGAUAUACUUGAGUUCAAUAGUCAAUUGGAUAAACUGGAAGCUUGGAUCCGCGAUAAAGAAAUGAUGGUGAAUGCCAGUGACACUGGUCGGGAUUUGGAGCAUUGCAAUGCUUUGAAGAGGAAACUGGAUGAUGUUGAUUCCGACAUGAGAGUGGAUGAUCAACGAAUUAAGACAAUUAACGUACUUGCGGAUAAGCUGCUAACGCAGGACAAAGCACCCAACGAGUCUAAGAACGUUCAACAGAGACGAAAUAAUUUCAACAACAAGUGGAAAUCACUUCAGGGUGCAUUGAACAAGUACCGAGAGUUACUCGAUGGUGCCUACGAAAUACAUGUGUUCAACCGGGACAUCGACGACACUGCAGAGAGAAUUGCCGAGAAGCAACUGGCAAUGAGUGUGGAUGAUACUGGACGUGACUUGAAUGCAGUCGAAACGCUGAAGCGUAAACAGGAUACUAUGCAACGGGACAUGACUGCAGUACAGCAGAAGAUAGCAGAACAUGAGCAGAGAGCCGCACUUCUAGCUCAAAAGUAUCCAGAUAAUGCAGUGAAUAUUGAGGAGAAACUGGAGGAUUUGAAGCGCCAAUGGCACAAUCUACAGGAAGCUAGUGUUAAACGUGCAGAUGCACUGGAGAAUGGUUAUACUGCGCACAAGUUCACAGCUAAUGUGAAAGAACUCGAGCUGUGGACUAAUGAUAUGAUCAAGAAGAUGGUUUCAGUAACGAAUCCAACCACGAUUAGCGAAUGCCAAGCGCAGAUACAGUUACAUCAGGAACGCAAAGCAGAAAUAGAUGGAAGAGACAAAGUAUUUAAGGCACUACAGGAACACGGUGAACGGCUAGUAACCGAAAACAAGGCCAAGGGAAUCAAAAACGAUUAUGUAGAGAAGGCACUGAAGCAGUUGGAGGAUCUGAACAAGCAUCUGCACGAUUCGUGGAAGGGUAAAGAUCGUGGGCUGAAGGAGGCUCAUCAGCUUCAACAGUUCAAAGAGCAGGCUGAUCAGAUCGAGGCCUGGUUGGCCAAUAAGGAAGCCUUCCUGAACAAUGAUGAUCUGGGAGAGUCGUUCACUGCUGUCGAGGCGUUGAUAAAGAAACACGAAGCAUUUGAAAAAUUGCUGGCCGCUAGUAGAACCGACGAGUUGGAGAGAUUCUCCGAAGAAAUUUUAGCCGAGAGUCCAUUUGAAGCUGAUGUCAUUAAGCAGAGAUUGUGUUCUGUUAUGGCACGAAAGAAGAAGCUUCUAGCUUCAUCAGCCGCUCGUAAACAGAAACUGCAGGAAUCAUGGCAACUUCAACAAUUCCUCCGUGGGCUGUACGAAGUAGCCAAAUGGAUUUCACAGAAGAUGCAGGUCGCAUUAGAUGAAAAUUAUCGCGAACCGAGUAACCUGCAGAGUAAGAUCCAAAAACACACGGCCUUCGAUGCCGAAUUGGGAGCCAACUCUAGUCGCGUCUCGGCUAUUAUUGAAGAGGGCGAAUCUCUCAUCGAUGCGGAACACUAUGCUAGCGCAUUGGUCCAGGAACAGUUGGACGUUUUGGAAGCAGAUUGGCAGAAACUUCGGGAAGCUUCCUUAGAGAAGAAGGAUCGUUUGGCAGAAGCUUACGAGGCAAGACUCUUCGAGCGCACCUUGGAAGACUUCAACAACUGGAUGGACGAAGUAGAACUUCAGCUGUCUUCCGAAGACUAUGGAAGGGAUCUUGCUUCUGUUAAUAAUUUACUGAAGAAACAUGAAAUGCUAGAAGCGGAUGUCGCUCAUCACCUGGAAACCUGUGAGCAAAUUAAGGCAGCCGACGACAAAUUCCUCGCAUCGGACCAUUUCUUGAAAGACGAACUACACGAAGUAGCCAUGCUGACCAUCAAACGCUACCAUUCACUUCACGAACCCACUACCAUCCGGCGGGACAACCUGGAAGAUUCCCUCCAGUUACAUCAGUUCCUGCGGGACGCCGAAGACGAACUGUCUUGGCUGAACGAGAAGGAACCAUUGGCUGCAUCGAAAGACCUGGGUAACAGUCUGACAGCCGUCCAGACAUUGCAGAAGAAACAUCAAGCCUUGGAAGCGGAGAUUUACUCGCAAGAACCGAUAAUUUCCGCUCUAGUUCAGCGUGGUCAACAGAUGAUCCGGGAAAAUCACUACGCAAUGGAACAGAUCGAACGGCAGUCCAAUCAGCUUCAGCAAAAGUUGAUUAAUUUAAGGAACUUGACCAAUAUCCGACGACUACGGCUGCUGGAUGCAGUGGAAAGUCAACAGUUUUAUGCCGAAGCGAAUGAGGCAGAGUCCUGGCUGAGAGAGAAAAAACCGAUCAUUUCAUCGCACGAUUACGGUAAAGAUGAGGAUUCGGCCAGUUCGCUGCAAAAGAAGUUAGACGCAAUGCAGCGGGAGUUGUUGGCUUUCCGACCGACAGUCGAAAAAAUCGAUAAAUUAGCGUCGGGAUUGCAGGAACGAGGACACUUCGAUAGCGAUAAGAUCAAGACAAAGAACGAUAAGAUUCAGUAUCAGUUCCAGGAGUUGACUCGAUUGGCGGCUGAGCGUGAGAAGAAGCUGGCUGAGACGAAGAAGUUGUAUGAGUUUAUUAGAGAGAUCGACGAUCUUCAGGAGUGGAUCGAAAUGCAGAUGACCACGGCUGGAUCUGAGGAGUACGGAACGGAUGUUGAACACGUGGAGCAACUGACGGCUCAAUUUGAGUCGUUCGUGUCGAAUCUGAACUCGAAUGAAGGACGCGUUAGUGCUUGUGUGGCCAAGGGAAAAGCACUAUUGAACGAAGGUAAUCCAAACAAAGACAUCAUCAAAGGUAAAAGGGAUGAGACGAAGCAACUGUGGGAGGAAUUGAAAGAUUUGGUAAUAGCAAGACAGGAGGCGUUAGCAGGAGCAAAACAGGUUCAUCUCUUUGAUCGUACAGCCGAUGAAACGAUCAGCUGGAUCAAUGAGAAGAUUUCUGCCGUCCUGUCGGAAGACUACGGGCAUGACCUGGAAACUAUUCAAGCCUUGGUACGAACACACGAAAGCUUCGAAGCGGAACUUGGGGCUAUCAAGGAACAGCUGGAAUCGGUCGUCAGCGAAGCUCAAAAAUUGGGUGACACCUUCCCCGAUGCCAAAGAACACAUCGAAGUUAAGCGGGACGAAACGAUCGAGGCAUGGUCCGAGUUGAAAGAAAAGACUUUCCAGCGGAGAGAAAAGCUCAUGCAAGCCGAACAGCUGCAAGCAUAUUUUGACGAGUACCGAGAUCUGAUGGCUUGGAUCAACGAAAUGUUGGCUCAGAUCACGGCACCGGAACUCGCCAAGGAUGUAGCCGGUGCUGAAGCUCUGAUCGGCAAGAUUAAAGAACACCGAACUGAGGUCGAUUCGAGAAACGAAGCUUUCGACACGUUCUAUGUAAUAGGGACCAAACUGAUUAAGGAUGGACACUUCCUUGCGAAUGAAAUCCAGGAAAAGAUCGCCAUUCUAGGACAAAGGAAACGCCUACUGGACAACACAAUUAUUCAAAGAGCCGAAAUUUACGAACUGAAUCUGGACACACAACUCUUCCUCAAGGAAGCUGAAGUUAUCGAAAACUGGAUUAUUUCCCGCCAGGUUCAACUGAAGGACACCAAAUUGGGUGACUCCAUCGCUCAAGUAGAGGACCUGAUCCGAAAGCACGAAGAUUUCGAGAAAACCGUUGCAGCUCAGGAAGAGAAGGUACUCGCGCUCAAACGUAUCACCCUGCUCGAGCAGAAGUUUAAGAAGCAACUGGAAGCGGAACAGGCGGCCCGCAUUGCCGAGAAGGAACGUGUCGAACGAGAACGUCAUGAGGCCCUGAAGCAAAAGGAAGUUCAACGAAUAACCGAGGAGCGCCGCCGGCACGACGUCAACACUUCUGUUGUCAAUGGAUAUUCCGAUACUACCCCCAACAAGUCAACCACUCCUAGUCACCUCUCGCCCGCUGUUUCCCGUCUAUCGAAGGAAGCUCCCGAAGUAUCCCCUGUGGUUCAGAAAUCCAACUCGUUUGCCACGAUGCUACAGGAACGACUGCGACGCGGUUCCGAGGGAAAUAUUAAGCGAGCUGAAAGUAUGAAGAUUGGUCCGAAACCGGCCAAGCGAACGCCAUCCUUCACAACCAGGCGAAGAGCUCAGAGCUUCCGGAAGAAUCAGCGUGGAAACGAACCGGCUGAAUUCGAUCUACCACCAGUGGAAAUUCAGGGAAUGCUAGAACGUAAACACGAACUGCAAUCCGGUGGUAAAAAGGCGCCAGUCCGCUCGUGGAAACCAUUCUAUACCGUGCUGUGCGGACAGCUGCUGUGUUUCUUCAAGGACGUCGAAGACUUUGCCCAGAAGAAGGCAGCAACCGCACCGGUCAAUAUCCUGAACGCCAAAUGCGACCGUGCGGAAGAUUACACGAAGAAGAAAAACGUGUUCCGAUUAGUGCUGUUGGAUGGAUCUGAGUUCUUGUUUUUAACCGGAUCCAGGGAUUCGAUGAACGAGUGGAUCAACAAAAUUGCCUUCCAUGCCGCUUUGCCCCCAAAUCUGCAGCUCAUGAGUUACGACGAAUCAAUGAAGCAAACCUCAAGUGGCACCGAAGCUGCCAAAGUGCUAGGGCUGCAAAUUAAUCCCCAAUCCCCGAUACUAGACCGUAGCGAUGCCAAUUCCUCUAUCAGCUCAAGAACCUCAUCGCCGGACUCCCAGCGAAGGGAUUCUCGCGCCUCGCUGAACAGUGCCAAAUCCGGCGGUUCCGGUAGUAACAACAGUAGCAGCUUGCAAACCCCCCAAAUCAAUUUCCUACAGAAGCAGAAAGAGCUUCGGGAGCUAGAGAAUCAGCAACGGGUUUCCCAGCAUCAGCAGCAGCAGCAGCAACAGCAGCACAUGAGUACCUUCCAAUCGCCUCAGUCGCCGCAAGGGCAGGAACAUUACGGCUUGGCGGAUAAGCCACCGAUACCACCAAGGGGAGUUCCACCACCCGUUCCCCAGCGGCAGUCCAGCACGGAUAACGUUUUGAACAACAACGGCGGAAGCGCGAGUGCAGUACAAAUUCGCCCCAAAACGGGCAGCGGUAGUUUUAACGGAAAUGACUACGACAAUGGGAAUUACACCAACACCUCGCGACCUUUCUCCUACCAACCGAAUUUGAACAGCCAACGUAGCUUACCCCACAAUGGAGGCAACAACAACAACAAUAAUAACGGCAGCGGCGAGGACGUAUGGUUACGUCACAGCGAACUGAGGACAUCAGAUAUUCCUCCACCACCUUUACCAGCUACGUCACCGCCGUUGAGUACCUUUUCCCCACUGAAGCCACCAUCGGGCUAUCAGCACCACCACCAUCAUCAUCAGCAACAACAGCAACAGCAGAAGCAACUGCACGACCAAUUUCUCAGGCGGGAACGGGAGCAGGCCAACAACUAUGCGGGCAAUAGCAACAACAGUUACCUGAAGAUGGCCAGUUCCACUGGGCGGGAAAAUAACAACAACAAUGUAUCACGAACCACCUGGCAUCAACAUUUGCCAACUGCCAUGGGUCCCCCGGUCGGAACUAACGGUGGCCUGGAAUAUCAGCAGAUGAACAAUGGAAGCAAUACCUUCGGUAACAACAUCAGCCUGGACGGAUACACUUCCGGCUGGGGUCAAUCUCGUCUCGAGUCGACGCGGCCGGCUUCACUGCCAGUAGGUAGCCCGAUCGUUCCGCCUCCAGGGGCGAGUGGAUCCACCGAUAUCUCCGGUCUGAUUCUUGGCCGUCCACACACGGGCCAAUCGGCGGAAAGUUCGAGCGAAAGUGAGGCCAGUUUCAUCAAAGGUGGCGGCAGCAGCAAGGACGGCAAUGGUAAGGACAAGAAAGGCAGUGCUGUUUUUAGAAUGUUCUCCAAGAAAAAGUCCAAGAAUCAGAACUAAGGCAGCGUAUGCGGAGUUUGGAAGGUCGAAAGUGAAAAACCGGUACCAAUUAGUUGGUAGUAAAUGUUUAAGCCGGCAGUAAUUUGUUUGUAAAAUAUUAAUUUUUUUAACAAUAUGUAUGAUUUUUAUGGAUGAUUCACAGUGGAACAGAAGCAACGGCAACUAGUUUUGGAGACACUUGUUCUUAAACGCCCCAUUUGUUUGUUUUAGUUUAAGCGCAGAAUGUUAUUUUAUUACACGUAUUAUCGGUAGCUUAUGGGAAACCUUUAAAUACCGCUUUAAGUUCAGUAAACUUAAAUACUUCUACAUACACAUAGCAGUUUUUCGAGGAUCAGUUGAUCAAUCACGAAUAGCUAGGAAUCUUAUUUAUAUUCAGGAAAGUUAAAUACAGAAUUUUAGCGAUAAUGUAAUAUAUCGGAAAAUAACAAGAGCUGAUUCACUGAUGCAGCCAAUCUUUAUACAUCAAUUUAUUAUUUUUUGAAGAAAUCGUUUGGUCAGGAGAGCAGUAGAGCGGCGCAUAGUUUAUACAUAUGUUUACUAUCAUAGUAUCAUAAUUUUUUGUUAUCGUAUAAAUAGAUUUUAGAUAUGUAAUUACAGUUUAAUAAAAUAUUGAAGGAUUCUAA